AUGAACCGGUUUAGAGGGAGACACACCACCACUGACAAAGAACCGGGUAUUAUCGACAGAGAAGCUGUGCAAACGGUCGUGCAGGAGGUUAUGGAGGACGUGAAGGCUAGGGACGGCGAGAGAUUGAUGCUGGAAAGAGCAGGUGUGAGUGCUCAGGCCGACGCAGAUUGGGCCCUCAAGACUUGGAUUCCUGAAUCACUACGAAAAGACAAUUGGACGCGAUGA